AUGAUAUUUUAUAAAGUUGCACUAUACUUGGUGGUUGUGGCAUGCAAGGAUUUACAAGCUCAAAAAAUAUAUUAUGGUGAUGACCAUAACGGUCCUGCAUCCGUAGGACAUGAAUUCAACUUGAUAUUUCCUAAAAAUACAAUAAAUGCUGGUCAAACACCAGUUAUUAGCAUUGUUGUGAUGAAUACGAACUUAAGUACGGUGGCAACAGUUAGAGUACAGUAUUACGAAGUGCACGGUGAAAAAAGAGAACCUAAAGAAAUUACUCUUAAAAUUAACGGUUUAUCGUAUGAAACAGUAGAAUUCAAUAGCUCUUCGUUAAGUACUUGCGGUGAACCAGCAGCUAAUUAUCUUACGACUUGUAUAGAUACUACCAUAAACGUCUAUUCUGAAGAAGCGCUUAUUAGCGUUCUUGCAAAUUGGUACCUUCCAGAUUCUGGAGACAGUUUUGCCGUAACGCCUAUUACAAUGGGUGGAUAUGAUUUCCGAUUAUCAAUACCUCAACCUAGCGAUGCUGGUAACAGUACUGUAUAUUUUUUACCCACAUCACAAAACUAUACGAAUUUAGUUAUUUUUGGCGAGAUUGAUGAGGAUCCUUUUUACCUGACCUUUAAUAUUAAACCAAAUGAUUCAAGUCUGAUAACAAUACGAACGCAGUACUCGUUAACGUUAUGGGCAGUUUCAAACUGUUCAUUUACCAUUGCGGCAUUUGCAGAAGGCUUAGCGAUUUCAGAAAAAAUGAGUAAAAAAGAUUUUGGUGCUUUCAUGCCUACACCUACAAUUGAGACAGGCUGUGGAGAAACUCUGAAUGAUUAUCAUGUAUUUAUGCAACUUGCUGCUGAAAGAAUCUUAGUAACACAGAGUCCAUAUUGUAUAGUACCAUUUAGUACUUAUGGUGAUUCAGGAAAAUCCGCUGAGUAUUUCGACCCUUAUACUAGCGAAGAUAUACAUUUGAGCGGAUAUGGCUUAAAUGCAGGCGUUAAUUCUAGUUUGGGAAUGCUACAAGUACUACAAUAUGGAGGUUAUAAUCUGAAUGAAACUUUCGAUGGUGCAUAUUUGGAUAUGGCGGUUUCUUGGUCACAGUUUGUUACUGGUCUUACUACCUUUUAUGUACCUACUGAUGAAAACAUCGUUUCGAUAAUUGCUGAUGAAGAUGGAAUAGCAGAAAUGUAUUUUGACAUGACAACACAAAUCUGGAAUUGGGCUCCGAUACCGUAUUAUGAUGAGUCAUUUUACUUCGCUACGGCAUCUGUUUCAAGUGGACUUCAUACUAUCGAAUCAUACGGUUUCUAUACCGUAUUUGUUGUAGGCCGUAAUAAUCGCGCUCUGUACGAACAAGUAGCGAAGGAUCUGCCUGAGAAAAAAACAACUUUACCACCAACAACAACUACAACACCUUCAACUACUACUAGUACUUCUUCAACUACUCCAAGUACAACUACUUCUUCAACUACUCCAAGUACAACUACUUCUACUACUACUACUUCUACUACUACUACUUCUACUACUUCUACCACUACUACUACUUCCAGUAAGUGA